AACUGCAGUACAUUUCUAAUACUAUACUAAAAGGCCAAUAUACUCUAUUGUGAGGGUGUCCACGUCUUCCAAUUUAAUCAGCCAAUCAUAAAGUUUUCUUAUGCCAUGUCACUUCUAUGAGUCGAGAAUAUAUAAUAAUGGGUAACUUACUAAAAGGCCAAUAUACUCUAUUGUGAGGGUGUCCACGUCCUCCAAUUUAAUCAGCCAAUCAUAAAGUUUUCUUAUGCCAUGUCACUUAUAUGAGUCGAGAAUAUAUAAUAAUGGGUAACUUAUGUGGGCUACAUGUUAAAUGGCCCAUCAUUAAAGAGCCCAAGAGAACUCAAAUCCUGUCCCGACUUCUGCUCUUUCUUCGGUACGUCUCUCUCUCUCUCUCUCUCAGCAACCGCUGCUCACAUGUUGUUCAAGAUCUCUGCUUUUGAUUCGAUUGUUUACCUAGAAUCUCAAACUGAAGCUUGAAAGGGGCAAAGAAGCUUGGAAUCAGAUGGAUUGGAAUGUUAACAACGCUUUCAAAACCUACAAAGGUUAACGUAUUUGUGAGAAAAAUUAUUGAACUUGAUGAUGUUUUCUGGAGAGAGAGACUACUUAUUGAUCAAUUCUUUUUGUUUUGAUGAUUGUAGAAAUGGAACCAAAAGCAAUGAUGGUCACUCCUUCCACACUCUGAUCCCACUGACAUUGCCUUAGGCUCCUCUUAUGAAAACAACGCCAUUGCCAAUACCGCUCCCCCUAAACGCAAGAAGACUAUGACUUCAGUCUUCCUAAAAUACUUCGAGACUGCACCUGACAGCAAGACUCGCAAAUGCAAACUUUGUGGUCAAAGCUACUCCAUUGCAACCGCCACAGGUAAUUGCAACAUUGUUUAAAUCUUCCUCCAAGGUCCUGAUGUAACCUUUUAUGUAUUCCCUCUUUUAAAGGUAAUCUUGGAAGGCAUCUGAAUAACCGACAUCGAGGAUAUGAUAUGGCAUCAGAUGUUGCAACCACCUCAGUACCACAGACACCACAAGUUGCUGCGAAACCCUCACAGUCCCAUUCCAAGCCACCGCAGAUUGAUUAUGAUCAUCUCAACUGGUUAGUUCUAAAGUGGCUAUCUCUGUCAUCACUCCCUCCCUCUACCGUAGACGAAACACUAUGCUGAUAUUUUCCGAUUCGUUCUUUGACUGUGACUGCAGACAUGAUCACUCAACACUACUUAUGUUACCCAUGCCACAUGUUAGCUUAAUUUGAAAGAUUGUUUUCUCAAAGGUCUUUUAGUCAGAAUGACUCACGAGUUUGAUCACCACAAGGACAACGAGUGUCUUGAGUGUCUUGAAGAAUGGUCUACUAGGAGGAAGGAGCGAACAGACUUGCAACGGUCUGCUGGUGGUAACCUUGCUACAAGAGACUACACUGCAGGAGUAGGGAAAAUCACAGAGGCUCAUUCAGAUUUUGUGAUGGGAUUCAUCUCGGUUAAUCCUGCGUCUUGGGAAUGGGAGAUGUGUAGCCGUCUAUGAUUCAUGCAACGCCUGGUGUUCAAGUGGUGAAAAAUGGUGAUGCACUUGGUCAACAAUACAACACUCCACACUCUGUGAGUCUCUCGCUCCUGGUGUUCCAUAUUUUGUAAAGACUAUCCCCAAAUGCUAAUACAUCAUAACACCACCUAGCAACGUGUGGAUCAAGACUUACAUCAAAAGGCCUCCUUCAGUGAUUGAAUGGGAAUAAAAGAUUCUGAUCAGUUUGGCUUUUGUUUUUGUGUGUUUAUGGUUGUCUGUAUUCAUGCGUAUUACUAUUACAAGCAGGCUAUAUAGUUUCUGUAAAACCUAUUAUUAUUGAUCUAAAACUUGCUUAAUGUUAACAAAAAUUACAUA